UACCGAUUUUGGUUCAGUGCAACCUGUCAGAGUUUGUUGAUUACAGGUUGUGACAAUUUUCCGAGAAAGAUUUUAAAAAUGCAUUACUACUGCACCCUUCUCCGUUUUCUUUUGCUAAUAAGUUCCAUUCUACUGGUGACGAUCCUUCACUUGACCUCAGCUGGGUACAGCUCAGGACCUGGAACCGAUCCAUACGGAUUUGGAAAUGUCGCCGAAAUUUGCAAUUCGCCAAUUUCUGUGACACAGUAUUUCAGCCCGACAUGGACGAUUGAUCAUCCCGAACUUCACUAUGUCAUGAUCAGCAAGGAGCAGUUGACCCGGUUGACACAAAAUCUGCACCACUCCGUCAUCGUGGACCCCAUCCGAACGGAGGAUAUCAGGAAGGCGUGCUUCACGAGUACUCAAGUCGCAUCAACGAACGGUGCCAAUCACACAGUGACUGGUUUUGGAAGCUUAUCUUUGAAUUUGUUUGUCGCCAUGUCCGGAUAUCCAAGGGUUUUUCAUUCUGAUCCAAUGUUCCCGUUAAGCGUUCCCAAUUUGGCGUCGAUGUCCUUCUCGAACAGGGAAACGUUCGUCGUAACCUUGAUUUGUCACGACGACGGUGUCGCAGGGUGGGUCGUUAACUCACCAAACUGGUCAAUUUCAGACGAGGACAUUUACGCUGUCAGCCAGCAUCUACUCUCCUUGGGGUUCAACAUGGAUCAUGCAGUAAUAUUGGACAACUCGAAUUGUGGGGAAAAUAGCAUGAACAGCGAUGUCGUCACACCAAUGAAACCGCACAGAAAAGGAAAUAAGCACCGCAAAGGCCUUCUCCACUUGUAAUCAUGCAGAGGACAAUAUGUUUUAUCUUUAUUUCAACUAAAUCACAAGUUCCAGAUUUUAAAAUGACUCAACCAAGUUUCAAAUUGGAUAAAAAAUUGUUUGGGCUGUUUGGAAGGAAACAAGUUAUUAAAAAUUAAUCAUGGAUUUCA